CAACCGAGACGAGUGAUAAUUCGCACCCCGGAAGGCACCCGACAUCAACUUUUAGCUGGCGAAGAGGCGAAACUGCACUGUCUAGCUGCUGGUUCAAAUCCACCUGCUCAAAUCACAUGGAAUUUCCAUCCAAAUGGCGAACCAAAUCCACUCGUGUUCACUGGAGAGACAAUACUGAAUGAAACAUCACGUGAUGCUGGCCACACCAUCGAAAACGCGGUUACAUUCACGCCGACUGAGGAAUACGACGGAACACUCGUGCGAUGUAUUGCGAGCAAUCUGUUGUGGCCAACAUCGAAGAAUGCUACAUAUCCGUUGAAUAUUCUCUGUGAG